CAUUGGCCACGCUCUCUUCUUCUUUGGCCUUUCACAUCUGUGGCGACUGCCUCUACUCGCUGAAUCCGCGGGUGAAUCUUCAAAGACGAUCGCAAGACGCCCGGGUUAGCCUCUCCUGGAGAUGGAUCCUCGAAUCGACUUGGCAUUCAUCAAACAAGAACACGAAGACGACGCGAGUUUUGGCGUGCACUACGAUUGUCGGGUCAAACACGAAGAUGCUCUCCGUGCCGCUGGUGAAGAAGCCGGCGACGGACCAGAAGAGACGGGAGAUUCCUACGGACGUCUGUCCGCUCCUGGCCCGAUCCACAUCAAGGCGGAGUUCUUUGAGGAGGACAUUGGUCAAGAUCAAGAUCUGAAGAAUGUUAAAGUUGAGGGAAGCGGUGAGAAGCCAGAGGAGACGGAGAGUUCCCAAGGAUGUCCUGCCACCGCAGACCAGAACUUCAUCGAGGUGGAAUUGGAGGAAGAGGACAUCGGUCGAGACGAUGAGAGUGCGACGGGACCACCCUGCGCAGAGUGUGCGAGGGAGCCGCGUGGACGACUCCCGACGGAGGGGCACGGGGAGAGGCGCACCGGCGGGAUGCUGCGAGGCUGUUCGCGGUGCAGCGGGUGGCGGCAGUCGCUCGGGGCCUCCGCAUUCGGCGUCGACAGGAAGAAGCCGCACGAGUGCGGGGAGUGCGGCAAGGGCUUUGCGAGGCCCUUCGACCUAAAGAACCAUGCGCGGAUACACAGCGGCGAGAGGCCGCAUGCCUGUGCCGAGUGCGGCAAGGCGUUCGCGCAGCGCUCCAACCUGGAGACGCACGCGAGGACGCACAGCGGCGAGAGGCCGCACGCCUGCGUCGAGUGCGGCAAGGGGUUCUCGACGCGCUCCAACCUUGAGACGCACGCGAGGAUACACAGCGGUGAGAGGAUGCACGCGUGCCGCGAGUGCGGCAAGGGGUUCACGCAGCGGACCAACCUGGAGACGCACCUGAGGACGCACACCCGCGAGAGGCCGCACGUGUGCUGGGAGUGCGGGAAGGGGUUUACGGCGCGCACCUCGCUGAACAAGCACUAUAGAACGCACACCGGCGAGAAGCCAAACGUGUGUCCCGAGUGCGGCAAGUGCUUCGCGCAGCCGUGCGAUUUGAAAAUCCACUCGAGGACGCACACCGGCGAGAAGCCGUACGUGUGCAGGGAGUGCGGGAAGAAGUUCUCGCAGCGUUGCAAUUUGGAGACGCAUUCCAGGACGCACACGGGCGAGAAGCCGUACUUGUGCAACGAGUGCGGAAAGAGGUUCUCAAAGAAUUCCAAUCUGGAGACUCACUCGAGGACGCACACCGGCGAGAAGCCGUACGUGUGCAAGGAGUGCGGGAAGAGGUUUACGCAGCGCUCCAAUUUAGAGACGCACUCUAAAACGCACACAAGUGAAAAGCCGCACGUGUGCAGCGAGUGUGGGAAAGAGUUUAGGUUGCGCACCGGCUUGAAAAGACACUCGAGAACGCACACCGGCGAGAAGCCGCACGUUUGCACCGAGUGCGGCAAGGCGUUUUCACGUUGUUCCACUUUGAAAAAGCACGCCAGAACGCACACGGGCUAGACGCCGCACGUGUGCAAGGAGUGCUUGAAAGGAUUUCCAAAUCCUUCUCACUUAAAUCGGCAUUCUGUGAAACACACUUCCGCGAGAAGCCACACAUUUGAAGGGAGAGGAGGAAGGGGUUUGUACAAUGUUGCGAUUUUUGACAGUCAUUCUAAAUCCAUACAGGGGUUUCUUGUAUAUAUUCAGUCUUGAAUUAGUUUUUUUUAAAUGAGAUGAAAAUUUAAUGUGUAAUUGAACGAAUUUAUGCUAAUUUAUGUAAUUAUGCAAAGUAUGAAUUUAUACUAAUUAGGCCCUGUUUCGUUGCCAAUGGUUAUUACCGAUGGUGAUAAUAAAAUUAAGGUGUAAUUGUAUGAAGUUAUGCAAGUGUAUGUAAUGAUGCUAAUUAGGCUUGGCUUUGUUGUCUAGGGUUGUAUUAUCAAUCGGGAUAAUACAAUGAUUCUCACUUUAACUUUUACUGAUUAUGUUUUCGUGUGUUUGUCAGGUCUCAAAAUUCAGAUCUCACCGCAGGAAACAGUUCUUAUAAUUAAGAUUAGUAUGCAUGAACUUAGGAAGGCACCACUCAGACUCUUCUGUGUUAAGCAACUUUAAUAUCUAAUAAGUAUAACCCGUAAAAACUAAGUUUUUCACUAUAAAUCCUUUAUAUGCGUGGCAGCUAGAGUCCUCUCGUCCUCUGGCUUGAGAUGGCUGCCACCUAUGGGUCAGAUGAUUGUCUGCCAGUAUUAAGCAAUUGGUAAUUAAAUAUUUAAUUUGUUUUCACGAACAUUAAUUGUCUCGCACAACGAGUCUGUGUGCAAAAUGUCAGCUCGAUUGGAUCACGGGAAGUGGGUUAAAAAACGACCGAAAGAUUUGCACUGUCGUAAGCAAGCACGCAAGCACACAAGCAAGCGAACUUAAUAUAAAGGAUUUAAAAACACUUAUGCUCGGAAUUGUCAACACAGUACUCCUCGAAACGUCCUAUUCAUUGAUCCGUACAAAUAACCCUCUGGUUACGUUUAUUAACUGAGCACAAAACAAUCUGCUAAUCCCUCAGAGUAAAGCGAGCAUGCACGGCGAUGGGAAAAAGUCCUUAAAAUGCAUGUGACAAUAUUCAUACGAACGGUAAUAAAGAAACAUGUGUCUAAAGCAAAAGUAGUCGUCAAUUAAUUCAUUGGUAAGAUUAUGCAAUUAACGAAAACGAAUUACUAAAAUUCUUCUAAACGACCGUAUUCAUGUAACUCAACGGGCAGCAAUGCUUUUCACGAUCAGCUAAUAUUUAACGCACCUGCCUUGGAAUGGCACCCCUUUUCGAAACGCAAAGAUAACUUUUUGGAACAAUCUUUUUAGUCCCGAUAUGCGUGUUGUGUGUGUGAAUUGGCGGCUUACGCGGUACAGCGUUCCUUGUACUGAAAAUACCUCAGGAUCCCAGCAGGGCCGCUGGGACUGCGUGUGUGUGUGUAUUGAACACACAGCGCUCUUGCCUGCGCCGACACUCUUCCUCUUGGCUGUGCCAGCUCUCUCCACUGCUGGUUGGUAGUUGAGUUGGCGCGAUGAUGCCGUCGUCGGAUAGCGCUCGCAGCUGGUCGCCGUUGCUCACUCUUGUCUUAGUUCCCAGCUGGUGCUUGUCGGUGUGUGUGUGGGUUGAAUCCACGGCGCUCUCGCCAGCGCUGACACUCUUGGCGGCUGGUCAGGCUCUUUCCACUGCUCCGUGCUCUCUCCCUUAGUGUGCAGCUGCCAGCUUCAAGCGGGCACCCGGUGAUGCCUCUCCUGCCCUUCCUUCAGGCUCUUUCCACUGCUCCGUGCUCUCUCCCUUAGCGUGCAGCUGCCAGCUUCACGCGGGCACCCGGUGAUGCCUCUCCUGCCCUUCCUUCAGGCUCUUUCCACUGCUUCGUGCUCUCCGCCCUUCUUCCAAGAGGGCUCCUGCUUUGAGCUGCUCGUCGCUGCCUGGAUCACUGACUCUCAAAACUCGUAAAUUGCAUGAGCACCUUUUUAGCUUCUCACAACUCUUACAGCGUAGCAUAAUACAGCAUAUCGCAGUCCUCGACUCGGCAAGCGACUCAACAUAAGGGUAGAUCUUCUUGGUUCUUUCGGUAAAGUCACGUAGAAGGGAAGUAAUAAAAUAAUAAAAAUAAAACUAUUAAAUAAUUCUCACGACGUUUCGGCCACAACGCAAGCAGCCGUCCUCAGGUGGAGAACAGGUCAGUCGGGAAGACAGCGUCUGAAUGAGAAUAAAUCGCAAUAUAAGGGUAUAAGGGUAGAUGUUAAAUAACACUUUCAGCAAUACUCUGUCAGUCCAUGCCGAACUCAGCUCUAGAGCCUGCCCGUCGCAGCACUGAGUUGCCUGUUUUGUGUCCUUGCUUAUAUGUGGAAUUCUCCCCCCUCUGCACUUCUCUCACGAAAAACACAAUCCCUGUCUUGUUCUUCUCCCGUGGCCACAGCCGCCUGGUUGCCCCCCCCCCCUUUUUGACCAUUGACUGGCUGCUUUCCAUCACCAUGUUAUGUUUUGGUUUGCGUCCCCCCCCCUCUGCCCUCGUGGUGUUUGCUAUCUCAAGGGGAGGCCCUCCCUUCAUACGUAAUUUAUUGCUACCAUGUGCUGUGUCAAAUUGUUGGAAGACAAAGGCGGUUUGGAGGCUCUGGUCCUAUGGAAUACAUUAUCUUGGUCGUGUGUGUUUGACCUAUUUCGCCUUAUAUCUCUUUUGAAUUACCUUAGGUGUAAUACUUCAUAAUUAUUAUUUGGUUUAUGUUUAACCAAAAUUUGUGACGUACCAUAGUUGUUACCUCACGUAUUCCGAGGGUUUUAUUAAACUUUGUUCACCGUGUGUGUCUUCAGGGAUCUGUGCUUCUUAUUUCAGUUAUAUUUUG